AAGGCAUUUAUAUUUUAUACGCUGAACAAGCUAAGUUCACAGUUUAGUUAUUUAAAUCAAAUUAUUAAGCAAUGGAUAACUUUUUGACGGCUAUGCAAUAUUCUGCUGAGCAGCAGCAAAUGUGCAACGCUUUAAGAAAUGCCUAUGCAACAUUGUCGAAUGCGCAUGCCGUGGAUUUUAUGAAUGGCGCUUACCUUGGUUACGGGCCGCAAGCUGGGCCGCAAUUCCAAGCAUUUAAUGGUGCUGCUGAUGAGGAAUAUGACGAUGAUGAAGAUGAUGAGGAUGAAGAGCAGAUGCGCACCCUGUUCUGCAAUAAUUUGGACGAGCGCGUUACAGAAGAGAUUCUGUAUGAAGUAUUUCUACAAGCUGGCCCCAUUGAAAGCGCACGUAUUCCUUUGGAUAAUACUGGAAGACAACGGAAUUUUGGUUUUGUUACAUAUCAGCACAGAAGUGCAGUGCCGUAUGCAGUAGAGCUAUACCAAGGAUUGGAGCUGUUCCAAAAGAAGGUCACAAUUAGGCAGCAGUGUCUGGAUAAAUCAAAAUCAUCUACACCCAACCGGAGUAACCAACGAAAUCCGUUCGCCCACGACAUGGGUCCUCCUGCAAUGCCACUAAAUGACCAUGUCGGUCCGAGGCAUUCUCGUCACAGCAUGCAUGAUAACAAAAACAAAUUUAAUAAUAAUGAUAUAAGACGACAAUCCGAUAGUGCAAUUAUAGAGAGCAAUCGACGUAGAAUGCAUCAACAACAUCCGCAUAACAGCAGUGGAGGUAGUCGAAGAUCUGAUCAACGCUAUAGUCAUGGCAAGAAAAGAUUGAUUUAAGGUUUAGAAUAGUUAUCAAAAGAUGUAUAGAAUUAAAAUAACAUUUAUUUCACUAGUUUUGACUAA